AAGUGAUGUUUACUUAAAGUGGGGUUAUAAGACCAAAAGAUGUGGGGAAUGGAAGGUCAUAUUGUUUUGUAGUACCUGAGUCAGUAAUCCAUGAUGCUUCAGAUAUUAUACUAGAACCAUUCAAGCAUAAGAAAUUGAAGUUGUUAUUAGUUCUGGGCCUAGCAAGUGUAAGAAGGUUUAUUGAGAGAAACAAUGAGGCCCUGUAGGCGCUCCAACUCAGAUUUACCAAGGGCUGGCACUUCCUCUUUUGUAUGAGACUUCACCCUGGGAUUGGAGUUUGAGGCGAUCUGAUUGACCUAACUGUGUUAGAGUCAGACAUUGUAGUACUGAAUCGGUGACAGAGAUCAAAUAAACUCUGUAAGGAAAAUCAACCUAAACUUUGGGUAAUGGCCAUAAAAAAAGUAGACGAUGCCAAUGAGCAAGUUGGUCUGCCAUUGAGGUGAACAUAGGAAGGGCAUGCCGUUACAUGAUACCAGAAGGAUACACAUGAGUAUGACAAUGUAGGCAAACCGGAUAGUGCAUGUGAUGAUUGCUGAUGGCAUGUCUUUACUAUUUGAUCGAAUUGGGGGCAGGGGGGAUCACCUUGUGAGGUUAUUGGACAUAGUUUUGGCAAUGACAGGUCGUGACAAUGGUUGGUUUCGUGUUUGAGACUAUUCUGAACUCAGUAAAGCCAUUGGUGGGGUAUCGAGUUCAGCUGUAGUGAAGGCGGUUGAGCUUUGGUUACAAUGAAGGCAACAUAGGAUUUUAUGGCAGCAUAGUCAUGCAGUUCGAAAGCCUUGCCACCAACUGGAAAUAAGAUGACUAUUAAUGAAAACAAUAUCAUUGAUUGGUGAUUAUUUGGUGGCAAGAUUGACCAAGGAAAUAGUUGAAACAUACCAAAUAUGCAAUCCACAGUUUAAAUAUUCUGAAGAUCUAAAUCCAAAAAGAUUCUUGACUAGCCCAUCUAUUGGAGUGCAUAAUGAUGGCUAUGAUAAUGUAAACUCGGAUCUUAUUCUGACAGUGAAUUUGUCUUGAUCCAUGUAGAGAAAAGUAGAAGAUAUAUUGUCAAAGAUCUCCUUGGGCAUGGGACAUUUGGACAAGUGGCCAAAUGCCGGGAUUCAGAUACCGACAGUUUUGUUGCUGUGAAGAUCAUUAAAAUACAACCUGCAUACUAUCAACUGGCGCUGGUUGAAGAGACUAUUUUAACAAUGGUAUGAGCUUAUCAAAAUGAAUCAUUUUAGGGGAUUAUCACUUGGUAUUGUUCAGCUGUUCUCUAACCAGAUUUUAUGUGGACUGGCUCUAUUAAAAGAUGCUGCCAUUAUUCAUUGUGAUCUGAAGCCAGAAAACAUUCUUUUAUGUACGAGUAGCAAUGUGAAGCCAGCAGAAAUAAAGAUUAUUGACUUUGGAUCAGCAUGCACGGAAAAUCGCACUGUUUACUCCUAUAUUCAGGGUCGAUACUAUAGAUCUCCUGAGGUUCUUCUUGGAUAUCAGUAUCCUAACCAAUGAAGUUAGUAGUUGAAAGCCUGAGGUUCUUUGCAGGCUUUUUUAUUUUUAUUUUUGAGUUUCUUUGUAUUGCUUUAUUUUAUUGCCUCAUCAGCUUUCUACAUUACAAGCUGUAUGCGGCUGUCUUAGUUUGCUCAGCUGCUCUUAAUAUAAAGAUUGUACUAUAGCAUGUGGAACCAUAGUUUGGCUUUAUGUUGAUGAUAUCCGGCUAAUGCAAGAAUAAUUUUGCCAAAGCUUCAUCUAAUGACAAUUAAAGCUUCGACAUUUCAUCUAAUGACAAUUAAAGCUUCUACAUUUA